AUGCUGAACAAUUUGCUGAACAACAAUACGAACAACAACGCUGAACGACCUGCAGAGUGCUGGCAUGACAUGACCAUAGUGUUUGGUACUAAAUUUCUUAAGUGGCGUAAUUUUUUUAGUUAAAGAAAUCCUGGCUAGUGAACAAACACACUCGCAUCACAUGGGGAAGCCAAACAACCAGGACAAAACCACUCGGAGAAAUGACCAAGCACACGAUCAGGAUGUUGUCAGAGCAAACGGCCAUGCUGGCAAGAAAGAUAACCGGCCUUUCAGUAUCAAUUGCGAGUGGGAUAUCAAACAAACCCAGCAGUUCUCCGAUGAUGGAACUAAUACCUAUUUCUGGUAAGCCGAGAGAAGUUAAUUUCUAAAGGAAACGUGUUAAUGUACUCCCCCAGUUAUUAAAUAACACUUGAAUUCGGGUGCAUUUUCAUGCCUCUGUCUGAAUACGUAUUUGUAAGCUCAAAUUACUUAAACUUAAUUCUUAAUAAUGCAUAAUGAAGCGUAAUGCUAGACACUUUUGUAAGAUGCAUCUGGUCACCUUAAACUUUAAUAUUUUGAUAUUUCACAAAUGGAAGUGUUUCGUUUCUUUUGCCCCGCGAUCGUCACAUGUCAUGCCGUCGAAAAGCAAAUUAGGCUAAUUGAUCUGGACAUUCUGUAAUGUCAAUGUAAUGGCCCCGGUAACCCACCUUUCUUAGCUUUCAGUUCAAAUACAGCAGUGUUAUAUUUAUUUCUUGUGUUUAGAUAUCCACAAGACCACUGACAGAAGAUGUCUUAUUCUUUGUUCAAAGGUCCCCUGUUUGAUGGUCAUGAGUUUAAGCUUAUUACCUAUAGGUCAAAUCAAAAUUUAGUUCAAAGCUAAUCACACAUUUACAUACCCGAAAAAAAAGAAAGAUAGAAAUUAAACCAAGGAUAAAAUCGAAACACAACAAUAACACUGUAGCAGUCAGGGGGAGGGGUGACAAAAAUGUGGAAGAGGGUGCAUGUGGGGAUACAACUGAUGGCAUGGUAAUUGAGUGUGAUGAGGUAACUUGUAGUGUCUGCAAGUAAUCCCAAAUCUUCACAGUUAUAUUUCUAUUCUGCCAACAAUCAGGGCUGUCAUUAAGAGGUAGGGGCUGGGGAUUUCCCCCAUCUAUUUUCAGGGUAGUCUGCUACAUAGCCGUUUUUAGUGUCGUCACGCAAUGUUCCUCCACACUAACGGCUGCUGAAAACCGAACUACAUUCCUUUCCCUUUGUGUUUGUGGUCAAACGAACAAACCAAUCACGUACAAGAAAUUUGACAAUACGUGAACCGCAGGGCGCUAGGAAGCGAGCACGCUUCUCAGUUUUCGACAAUUCAAUCAAUCAUCGCUGAAUUUAGACGGGCUCUGUGUUUUCAAGCAACGAAAAGGUUAAUUUGCAAAAGAGUUUGUUUUAAGCGGUCAAGAAAGUUCCAAGUGAAAAAAAAGGUUUGAUAGGCCUAGAAGACUUUUACCAGGAUCGGUUGGUUCUUCAUUUGACUUGCAUAUGUGCUGAUAUAUAAUGAAGAAUUUAAUGUACCGGAUGUGCUCAUUGUGUUCCUGUGAAGACUAACCUCUCAAGUGUACUGAUUCAAAAAGCAAUCUUGAGCGAUUUCUCGAAACUAUACCUGGCAACUUUAUGAGCACAUCCACGUUGUGCAUCGUAAUUUGCUCGACUUGCUUGCUGUUGCUGCUUAUCUCCUAAAUUUCGAAUAGGACCCGACUACGACAACACUGUAGUUAAUUGCUUGUUUUCACGCGAUGAUUUUGACUAUUCUGUCAUUCACACAUGGGGCAACGAUAAAAGCAAAGCUGUGAUUGGAGGAGUCACAGUACCACAAAGUGGCGGGAACACCUUCCAGAAAAUGGGAGCUGAAUUAUAAUUGGCUAAUCUCGGGAAAGGAAUGUAGUUCGGUUUUCAGCAGCCGUUAGUGGGGAGGAGCAUUGCUUGACGACACUAAAAACGGCUGUGUAGCAGACUAUUUUCAGGGGAAAGUAGAUGAAAAAUAGGAUUAAAAGAAAUCCGUGGCUGUUUUUUUCCUGGCCUCUACUUGUUAUAAUAAUAACUAUUUACUGGGCAACGUGAAAUCUUAUAGUGACAUCCCUGCAACAUUUCAGUUUUGAGUUUGGCUCAACAGUGGUGGCAGAGUCUAAUGGUUGCCGUAGUGCAAUAGCAAGGGCACAGUAAUUUCAUGAGAAUUUCUGUUGUUGCGAUGUGAAUUGUCAAAUGCUUUUGAGAGUUGCAUUUAUUGUUAUUGUUAUGUAUUAGUAUUAUACACUUCAAACAGAUUUUUCAGUCUUAAUCUUAAUCAGUAAAACUAUAGUUUUGGGACUAACUCUGACUGCUAGAAAGAAUACCUGCCAACUUUUUCUCAGUCAUAUGCUUGACAUUUUCACCUCUUCAUGACCUGGAUUUCCAAAAAUGAAAAACAAGACUUUUGAAUGUGCUCAAAAAUGUCCCAAGGUGUUGCAUAACCUGAGAUCAGGCAUUAUUAUUUUCUUUACUUCUUUGCUUCUUUGACUCGAGAGGGAAAAAAGUAAUGCCUUAUACAUUGAUUUAACAAGCCGUCAACCGCCUUCUAAUUUACAUAAUCUAAUGUCUGCUUGACCUGUCAUGUUAUUAGCCAAUCAGUGUUUACCAAACGGGAAUCAAAUUUUGGAGCGAAUAAUGUCUCUUUUGAAAUUAAUUUUAGGGAAAAGAAAUCAAAGUACUCCAUUUUGACACUCCUUAAAAAGCGAGCACAGGAAUUUCGUUUAGUACUGCAUGCAGGCUCCUUGAUGAGCCCUUGUGUUUUUGGAACAAUUUCAAGGUGGUUGCAUUUCAGCAAAACGACGGAUUUGAACAUGUUCAUCCAACAGUAAAUCACUUUAAUUUAUAAUCAAUUAAUAAUUAAUUGCAAGGAAACACACAAAUGAAAACACGGGACAAUGCUUCAUCAACUUUCUUCAGUGAUCUUGUCUUUGAAAUACUGGCCUGGUUUUAGGUUUCAACGUAAGCUUCUGUUGGCUUUUAUCUUUUUUUAAAGCCAGGUUUCACUGAUUUUCCCACUAAGUAUAAAGUCAGGUGGCCCGCCUAGUAUUAAGGUAUCAUACACCCUCAAGCACCCUUCUCAUGUUGAUCAGCUCUAGCGCUUUUGCUUUUAAUAAAUACCCCCAUAAACCAUACAUUUUCUGAAAGCUUAAUAGUUCCAGAAUAUUGUUUAUUCUUUUUAAGAAAUUCAAAAUAUUUUAAAAUGCAAUUUAGAAAUGAGAAGCUUUUUGUGAAAGUGGGUGCCACUCUAAAGUUAAGUCGAGGCCAGCCAAACAUAAGUGGAAGAAGCCAAUUAAGAUCGCAUUUGCUUCGGUUGACUGAAAAAAACCGUGUCUCAGAUUUUUGUCAAGUGCGUUUGUUCUGUUGUUAUAAGCAGUUGAAGUUAGGGAUAGCAAAUCAUUAGAGCUACCUGUGAAAAAAAUACUUUUCCUCGAAAACGAAAAAAGAAAUCAAAAUUCGCAAACAUAUUUUUUAGAAAAACUAUCUGACAAUAAGUUGGCCAAAUUUCAGCCAAAUUGGUUCAUGGGUUGCCGACUUGGAGUUUAAAAUGUACCCUCAACUUGCCCUGAGUUUCAUUUCUAGAAAAAACUGGGAGAAGAUUUUUGGCGGCAUAUCACCCAUGACGAGAUUAUAACAGAUUAUAACACCAAAGCUGUCAAUGUUGAUGUAUACCAGAGAAGGGACAACAAUAGUGACACAGCAGGAAAAGUUAAAAACGAAACCCGACAACAGAUGAACAAUUUAUUUCAAAGGCUCUGCUCUGUUCCAUCCUUUCUGUUGUCAAGAAAGUAUCUUUAGUUAUUUGGUACGGGCAGUUUUCAUUUUCGCACCACAAGGAUAAAAUGGUUAGGCAUAAAUAUACCCAUCUACUAAAAUUGUAGGGCCACCUGAAUUAAAGUAAUUUUGACUACCAUUUUCCUUUGUCAUUUCUGUGAAUAGAAGGGGAAAUUCAACACAAGUGGAAAUUAUCCUCGCAGUUAAAUGAACAACCUAUAAGCAGUUAAAAAAUUAAUAGGCUGAAAAAAUUUAGGCUUGACCCUGAAUCAAUCCUGACCUUGUGACGACCAGACACAAUGAUCUAUCCAUUUUUGGCUAUAUAAUCAAGCCAACUGAAAAGCGGGCCAAUGCAAGUUCGUAAUAUAAAUGUGCCCAGAUGGUUGAAAUGACAUGAAUCGAAAUAUAUAAAAUGACUCAUAUUGUGGACUGCAGAUAAAUAUACAUGUACAUAAGAUCAGAAGCUGCUGUACAUGUGAGUCACUUUAUAAGGCCUCGCUCAUUUUCCCCUUAACUUAUAGUUUCAAUUAAUAGUACGAUAAAAGGUUAUGCUUCUACAACAAUAAUGAUAAUAAUAUUCUUGAAAUCACCCUUUCUGCAAUGUUUUUUCAAGGCGAGCACAUACUGUAACUGUCCUGAUGAUUAUGCUGUGUGUCCUUGUCUAUGUUGGAGUGUUUGAAAAACCCCAUAAAGACCAUGAAUACAAUACAAAGAGGUAAGGUGUGUUAAUUAUUAUUUGUUUAACAUUUUAAAUGCUGCUUGACAUCUACUAACACCCAUCUCAUCUCCUCCUUUUACUCUUAGCUAUCUCUAUAGCUUCCUUCCUUGCCCUCAUGUGAUUUGUCUGUGAUUAUAAAAAAAUAUCCCAAUUUUACGUACUCAAACGAUUGGACAUUCUGCAGAUUUAGGCAGACACUUGAGAGUGCAGAGGUGUUGUGGCUGACCAUCACCUUGAAGUUUCCUUAGACAAGAAAAUUGGCUCCACUUUGUCUCUCUUCAUCCAACUUGUAAACAUACCAUAAAAUUCCAAAAAUAAGCCCCUCCAUGUAUAAGCUCCUCCAAAUAUAAGCCCCCCAAACUCGUAACGCAAAAAACCCUCCGUUAAAUCUCCCCUCCAAAUAUAAGCACCCCGGCGGGCUUGUACUUGGAAAUUGCCCUCAGAUACAAAGUAAAACAAAGCAAAAAUGGUAAAUUUCCUUCCAACUAUAAGGCUAGCCGAAUCAAUUUUAGGAUGCAAAUUUCCUUCCGUAGAUAAGCCCAUCCGAAUACAAGCCCCUCCAAAAAUAAGCCCCUCAAAAAGGGCCUUUGAAACAUAUAAGCCCCGGGGCUUAUUUUCGGAAUUUUACGGUAUACAUGUAUACUGGGGACAUUAGAAGUUCCAGGGACCCAGGUACCAACAACAUUAACAUUGUUCCGUGAGCAACACAGUACUCAACUCCAGGGGAAAUAAAGAAGCCACCUCUCAAACCAGCUUCUAAUUGACCCUUCCACAGUUUUUUUUUUUAAGUUUUGAUGAAGGCAAGUAAGCAAAUAUCAUUGACAAUGCUGGGGAGAGCAACUUUUAAUAGUGAAUUUACCAAGUUAAAAAGUGAUACAAAUAUCCAUAGCAAGCAAAGAUACGUGUAUUGAAGUUACGUAAUUUUACAGAUAUUUGUACACUGCAUAAAAACAAACAUAAAAACAUCUGUAAAAUUCAUUAACUUUGGGGAGCUACACCUUCGUUCAACAAAUCACUUUUGAACCCUAUCACUUUUUAAGAUCUUCUUUUCUGCCGUGUUGAGGGAUUUUUGCUAACUGGUCUCAAACAAAGUUGAAUUAAACCAAGGAAAGGUCUUAUGUUCCUCCAUACUCUAACAGUGAAAACCCUGGAUGUCACAUACUGAUUGGGUUAAAAUGGACUUAAGCAUUUUCCAUUCAGUCGUGGGUGAGCUAUACUCGCACUACUCAUAGGUGCAUUUUGCUACACUAAGCCCAUUGAUACAGAGUCUUGAAUUCUUGAAAAAGUCUGGAAAUUUGCCCAGUAAUUUUCCAGACCUGGUAAAACUCUUGGAGGGGGUGAAUAGGGGUAUGCAAAUCCGCCGAUCCGUUAUGAUUUAUUAACCAAAUCCGCCCUUUCAUUUUCACCCUGAAUCUGAAAUCCAGGCAAAAAAUUUCAAUUACACGCACAGUCCAAGAUCUGGGUCCAAAAAAUAGAUGAAUCCACAAUCCGCUGCAAUUGUAGGAUCCGGAAAUCCGUUAAAAUCUCGCUUUGAAUCCGAAAUCCGGGCAAAAAUAGUUUUCAAAAUCCGCCGUUCCAUUUGCCUAUUCACCCCCCUCCUCUUGAAAAUAGAGAAAAAGUGUGCAAAAAUAGUUGUUAGGCAGAGUUUUUUUUUUUUUUCAUAGCUACAACAACUGCUUAAUAAGUGCAAAUUUUUUUCCUGUGGUCAAUUCCCAUUCAAUCUCGCCCAUAACCAAGACAUUUAAUCACAGAAUGAGAAGUUUCAAAAGUUUCAUAAUUCUCUUACGUUGUAUGUCCACGUUGCACCUUGGUUACCGUACAUUUGCAGUGCAUCAUGAAAAAAGCUUGUUUCCUGUGUUUUUCAAGGUCUCGAUAUUGAACACCUAUUUGUUAACCUUGCAUCUGGAAAAAUAAAGUAUUGUUUUGAAAAAGUCUUGAAUUUUAGAUCCAAAAAGCUGCAUGAACCCUGUAAGCCAAGGCAGGUUCCAGCCUUUUGGCCUUUUAUUAAUCCUUUAAGCCCCAAUAUUCACAUACAAAUACUCCAAACUGGUUGUUCUAUACAUUUUCGUGAAGGAUAAGUUGAGAGAAUUUGAUAAUAGAUCAAGGCAUUUUCUGUGUGGUGAUCAUUUUAUUAAUUCUCAUAACCUUAUCUCUUGACAAUGUAUGGAUAUCAUUGGGAGAAAAUUGAUGUUGAUCACUAUUGGGACUUAAAGGGUUGAUGUCUUUACCUUUUGUUUUUGUUUCUUAUUUCAGGGGCCUCAUAGCAUGUAUUGCAGUGUUUUUAUUAUUUGGUGUGACACAAAUUAGAGAUGGUCCUUUUAAAAGACCACACCCAGGUAGGCAUGGCAUGGCAAGUUGCUUUUACUUUGGAUUUAUUUUUCGUGUUUUCACCCAAUAAGUUAAAAAUGGAGCUGGUGAAUGGUCUAAGAGAAAUUAUCCCAAGCCCAUAUCCAAGGACAAUAAUGUUGAAAUUUUGUCCUUUUGUAUUUAUAAUAUUAUUAAUAAACAUGUUGUGACAGGUUUGAACCCAGUAGUCAUUUCAUGUUAAGUUGAGUAUAAUCAUCUGGGUGAACGCAGUCCUGAAUAUGGGACUGUUGUUGUUGACAUUGACUGAUGUUUCAGCAACCUGUGUGGUAGUCAAAUUCAGAGUCCAAGUGAGUUGUGUCACGUCAGUUGAUGGUACUUUUAUUAAACUACCAUCAUCUGAUGUGAUACUAUCAACUGACGUGAUGCAACUCACUUUUACUCUGAAGAUGACUACCACACAGGUUGUCGAAACAUCAGUCACUGUCAACAACAACAGUCCUAUUCAGGACUACGUUCACCCCGAUGACCAUACUCUACCUACUUGCGAAAUAAAUAUGUUAUUUACUCACUUAUUUCCCAUUACUUACAUGCAUUGCUUUUGAAGAUUUCUUGCAUGUGUUGUUUUAAUUUUACGUGGUCAUUUAUCUAUCAUUGAUUUUAUUUUUUUGAUUGCAGCAUUUUGGCGACUCAUUCUCUGUUUAAGUGUCAUUUAUGAGCUGGCCCUCAUUUUCUUGCUAUUUCAGGUACAUGUAUGGGUAAAGGGAGUGAACUAAACCUUCCUUGUUCCCUGCUAUUUCAAUUCACUGUUAGAUACCAUUAAGUGUUAGAAGAACUUGCUAUGACUUAUACUUAAGCUGUCUAAUAAUCAGUGUGAAUCUUUUUAGACAACUGAUGAUGCCAGACAAUUGCUGAAGUAUCUUGAUGAAGAUUUGGGCAAAUCUUUGCCAGAGCAGUCUUAUGGUGAAGACUGCAGGCUGUACACACCUGAAGAUCCGAGGGGACCUUUUCACAACUUUUUGGUAGGUGGCACAGAUUAAUAGCUGAUAAUUAAAAUUAAUAGCAAAAGUGUGAUCUGCAAGUUAGAGGAUAGUAUACAGUAGUAGUGAUUCAUAAAGUACAGCCAGGUGCUAAGAACAUUGCUUCAGCAUUGAUGAUGGUGCCAAUCACUUUUUGGGAAUAUUUUGAGUUGCAGUGUAAAUAAUUUACUAAAAAAGGAAAAUCAGGGCCAAAGGAGUGAUCUGCGCUCGUUCGCAUCAUCCUUCUCUUUCCCGUCUUUGCUUGUCUCCAGCACCCCGGGCCACUUAUAAAGUACAGUGUACAGCUGUACAUGCUCCUCACCAAGCCUUGGAAAAGCUUGCCUCCGUCACAGACGCUCUAAACCUUCUAUAUUAAUGGUUUGGACGAGUGCCAGGCUAGGAAAAGCCUGUGUAGGAAAAAGUAGCUAGUGAUUUGUUGCCGACUCCUGCUCAGUGCUGCUUGCUCUAUGUCACUGCUAAGAUAUUAAAAUGUCACAAAUGAAAGGACAAUUAAAACUAGACUACUGACGAGUAGUCCCCCAUUUUUCCUCAGGGAUAGUAGAGCGAGCGAAACGCGAGCGCGCGUGAAAAUCACCCCACGCGAGAAAAGGCGACACGCGGCAUUUUUCUCUCUCCCUGCCGCGUGUCGCCUUUUCUCGCGUGGGGUGAUUUUCUAUCCCUGAGGAAAAAUAGGGGCCUACUCGUAGUCUAAAUUAUAACAGGUAAUCUCCCUGUAUUAGGCACUUGUGGUAAUCUCAAGUCUUAGGCGUAGAGGGUUUUAUGGGCUGCUGCUAAUUAAAUCAGUCCGUUAGCAAUGUCCUCUCUCCCACUCCAUUUAGAAAUUAAUGAAUGGCUCCUUAAUCAAUGUCCUUCAGUAGUUAGUUAUUUUUUCACUGGUUUACCAGUCACACUGCAUGCAGAUGAAUAAUCAGUGACUUUGUUAAAUGCUUUCUUUUUGUACAGGAAAAGUGUGAUGUCUUUCUCCCAGCUCAUUUCUUUGGUUGGUGGGCAAAGGUAAGUUCGAUUAUUUGUAUGCAUAUGUACUCCAAUAACGUAACUAAUAAGAAGGGAGAGCAUGCUCCCAGAUUCCAAUAAGAUACCAGUGACCCUAUGAUACACCAUUUCUACCUACAGGUAUGGGUAGGCAACCAUGUUUGCCACGUAGUUAGAAAGAGCGACCAUUAUUUCCCAGAUGAGAUAAUGGCGUUACCAUUCCACCCGGUAGUCUAUCUGUUUCUCCGGGGUAACAGGCAAUCUAUCCGUAUUUACGGCUGCGCGUAUGGGAAAUUCACCCGUUCCCGUACACGAAAAUAGGGAGUUUAAGAUACCACGACGGCGACGGCGACGGCGACGGCCUCGAAAACGUCGAUUCAAAAGUGAAUUUGCGUUCUUUCAAUCUCUAUCACGAUUACUCCUACUCAUUUACUACGUCAAAUGCAAACGAACUCUUUUUUGAGCCGAAUUCCUAAGAAUCAUAUUCAAGUUCAGAACGAGAAAGAAACUUCAGCCGUCGCUUGUUUAAGACUUCCAUAAAACGUGAAGAUAGGCAUUUUCCCGUCGUAGUCGUGCAGUGACGGCAAAGAAAUGUACAAAAAAGCGUGAUGCACGUGCAGAGUUGUUAUUUUGCCUAUUCAACCUAUUGCUUUUUUGACGUUCUUGUCGUCGGGGCCGGCGUGGCAUCUUAAAGUCCCUACUGGUGCAUGUUAAGGUCUCUACUGUUGUAGGAUUUUCUCCCCCCUCUAACCUGCAUAUCCAGCCGCGUUUGCAGUCAUCACUUAGAACUCUCCUUUUUGGGUAGAGAGAACCGACGAGCCGAAAUACUUCUCCGUUUGCAGGUUGCAGGCUAUCCCUUCUCCCUCUAGAAACAUUCCUGCCUAAGCUUUUGCGCACCUUUGUUAAUAGACUGCAAAACAGUCGGUUUUUUUCUCAAAAUCAGUAAAGAAAUCGGUAAAGCGUGGCGUAAGAGUCUUACGCGCGCUUCGCGCGCGAGCCUCACACGCCCGUAGGGCUUGUGAGGCCAGAGAAGAAGACGUAUUUUUGGCGUCUCUCCCCAGUCUCGCUCUCUGUUUUCAGCCUCGUUCCAGACCUUUUGUCAGACUGCUCGCGCGUACUUGAAUACGCCAAAAGACGGACUGUUUUGGAGUCUACUUUGUUCCAAGUACAACUGUACCUGUAUUUAUUUUACCUUUUUCUCUUUUUUUUCCUUUUUCUUCCAGGCUCUUAUUCUUCGUGAUUACUGGUUGUUAACUGUAAUAAGUGUUCUCUUUGAAGUACUGGAAUAUUCAUUGGAGCAUCAAUUACCAAACUUCAGUGAAUGUUGGUGGGACCAUGUAUGUAACUGUCAUGAUACGUGUUAAUCUGUUUUAGUUGACAAUCUUUUACUGUCGGCUGUCUGAAUGUGUUUUUCUUUUUUCACGGUUUACGAGAUAGUUGUUUUUAGUGCAAUCGACUCCCGAUAACUCGAACUUUCAAGGGAAAUCGAAAAAAGUUCGAGUUAUCGUGAGUUCGAGUUAUUGGGAGCUAGAAAAAAUUAGCCGGAAGUAAGGGAAAAACAAGUCUUAACUGUACAGUGAACAUUUUAAUCUCAUUUAAUUGUAGAAAUGUUAGGUGAAAAUUGAAAGAUAAGAUACUUCUAGAUUAUAAAUCAGAACGUAACGUGAUAAAACAUAGCCUAAAUAGAGCAUGCGCUUUACUGUUUUGAGAAGUAAAGCUGUUUCACGUUAGAUUUGUGACAAAAACCGACGUCUGCCUUCGCUUGUAAACUAUAUGCCUACAACACGUCAAUAGGAAAUUCAAAAUGCAAUUUUUCGGACGCCAGUACACGGUUUUUUUGCCCGACUUUAUAAGCGCUCAAAACUUGGUUCGAGUUAUCGAGAGUAAAAUUAUAUAGAAAUCAGAUAAAUGAUCUGAGGGGAAUCAAAAAUUACUUCGAGUUAGCGGGAGGUACUAAGGCCAAGACUUAUUAGAUCAGUACAUAUCAUAUAUUUUUUUAUUAUUAUUUAUUUAUUUAUGUAAUUUAGUUUUUUUCCAUAUAGUGGGUUAUGGAUGUGAUUGUGUGUAAUGGUUUUGGAGCAUAUCUUGGAAUGAAGACAUGUGAAUAUCUAGGAAAUAAAGUAAGUUCUCUAUUAAACACACUUAAUAACUGUUCUCAAUGAAGUUUAGCCAAGUUGCAUUUAGGCAAUGAUGCCGAGGCUUUGUUCACACUAUACUGGAUAGCUUUUGCACCGCCACGAAAACCAUACCGGAUCGAUAGGGCUUCUGUUCACACUAAGAACGGUUGUAGCGGUGUGACGGAGCGAGGCUCUGCCGCGCCAAUCUCUAAAGGGGGAAGAUACAUGCUGAAAAGGUGUUCACACUAUAACGGAUAGCUUUUCGUGGCGCUACGAAAAGGUAUCCCAUAUAGUGCAGGGGCGGAUCUAGGGGGAGGGUGCAGGGGGUGCGCACCCCCCCUGAGAUGACCUGCGGUUUUCUAAUACAACUGGUAUUCUGCAAAAAAAAAACUAUGUGGUUUAUUGGUGUUGAAGUAGAGCAAGAGACGAGUGCACCCCCUCCUAAAAAAAAUCCUGGAUCCGCCCCUGUAGUGUGAACAUAAUCUCAGAUGAGGCAUAUUUGUGAAGUCUAAUUUCUAUAAUAUGAUCGGUACAAUUGCUAAAAAAAAAAAACUAACGACCUGAACUGUCAUUUAAAAACCAGUCUUAAAGUUGAACUGAAGUCUAUCUUAGCUUCCUUUGCUGCAGUGAUCCCUACACGGUCCUUUAAGAGAUAGUUUUCAGAUGAUCACUGAACGCCUAUAGUGGAACUUUUAUUUAAGGAUCGUAGCAAUCGCAACGAGCAAAUGGAAACCAGUCUUAAAAGGUGUUAUAAUCUUACAAUAUUUACACUUCAAUUUGUAAAAUACCGCCCUCCCUCACACAAACUCAUUACGCUUGACUUGUCGCAGUGCUAAUUCAAUUCAGAUUUCAAUGGCUGAAGACCGCUGGUUAUACUCCUGUACCUUAUCCCAUAUGAGAGAUUUAUACGGUAACCUUUUUAGAUUUGGGUUAAUUCAUUAUAAUUGUCAUCGUUAUCAUAAUUAUUGUCAUUAUUAUCGUUUGUUUUCCUAUGUUCAGCCAUAUCAUUGGAGAGGGUUAUGGAAUAUUCCCUCCUACAGGUACGUGUCUCUGUACUGUGUCACUGUUACUUUUUAAAGUUGAAAGGGAUAAUGCUUACUCUUGUUCAAUCUUCUUCAUGUUAGGCUCAAUUUGCAGGUACGCCAUUCGUCAUCAAAAAGCCGCGCGUAGGUUUUUAAGAUUUCGCUUUUGGAAAGCGAGAAAGCAAGUUUUAUCAGCGCAACCUGACCAAUUUGAGCCCUUUCUUCUCUUAUUGUGAGCUUUUCUUAGCCAGCCCGCAUUCAAAUUUUCCGCUUCGCUGAUUAUGAAUAAUUAAUGAUGUCCCUCCAUUCUCCGCGAUGAAGCAACAGAUUGACAAUGUAACUGACAUUGUACUACCUGUUUAUUUUGCAGUGGAAAGUUUAAGAGGGUAGCUGAACAAUUCACUCCAUAUUCUUGGACAUCGUACAAUUGGAACGCCACCACUAGUCUCACUAGGUGGCUGGCAGUUUGUGGAAUUACUGCUCUGGUAUGUUUCGUUGUUCCUGUUUUUGCUUUAUUCUAUCAAAAUCCGGUUUUUAUAGCUUGCGUUUAGAGGGACGGGCGCGUGGUGCUGGAAAAUCUCUGUCAGACAUCCUUGGAGUAACUCUUCAAUCCCCUGUCUUUCCUCGCGAUAAGCGAUUGUAAAGGCCUAUCAACUAGUUUGAGAAGCUGCUAUCCCACUCACCCAACUCUCUCCGCGUGGCAGGUGUUUGAACGGGGAGGGAAUGGACAUUCGUGUGCGCUUGUGGAAGAACGGGAGAUAUUAGGUUCCCUUUUCCCUCCUCGCGCGCCUUUCGCGCUCCUCGUGCGCCCGAAAUCCCAAUCUCCUUCGACCUUUCGAACGGCUGCCACGCAGGCUAUCCAUAUUCGAUUACCAUAAAGUCAAGAUCGUUCUCGACACUCGGCAAACACGCGUGGAAAAAAUAUGGGACUGCCCUGCCUUUAACUUUCAGACUUUCUUUCCUGUACUCGGUUUGUUUAUUUGUUUGUUUGUUCUGAAUCAUACUCGGGAAUGGAAUUUUAUUUAGUACUGUACUUAUAUUAAAGAUCUGGAGGGGACAAAAAACUAGCGGGAGACGCAAAAGACACAGUUUAAGAGAAUCAAUGAUUUUUAGUUCCUUGCAGCUGAACUGAACUUGUUUUACCUGAAGUUCAUCCUGUGGAUUCCUCCUCCUCACUUCAUAAUGCAAGCUCGUAUGGCACUGUAUCUUGGGAUGGGAGCAGUUGCUCUAAAUGAGACUUAUAGAUACAUGGAUGACCCGUGAGUUGUUGAAUGUUUUUUUGUUUUGUUUUAUGUAAUUUUAUUUUAAUUGAUUUGAGAGUUGGUUACCGAAUGUAAUUUCGUGAUUUCUUUGGGUUUUCAUCGCCACGCCUUGUUUGUCCCCCAGUUUUCCUUCUUUUAAACUAAAACCAUUCGAGACCUUCCCCUGAGUACAAAGACAGCUUUUAGAAGCAAAUUGUCCUCGCAGAGGAGCUUCAUUACAGCUUGGUGAGAGUUUAAACUACUGGCAUUCACAAGUGCUGUACAAAGACCUAAACACUUCCUCGCCUUCCCUCGACACAGCACAACAUACACCAGCAGGAAAACCAAAUUAUCUAUCCAGCGUAUCAAAAUACGAAUAUUUCAUACCUUUUUUUUCCUGCGAAGAUGUCAAACUAGUGCUACAAUAUAAGAGACAUUAAGAUCGAGGUUUUUCGACAUUCCCCGCGAACCUCGAACGUCAAGAAGUCACGUGACCGGUCCCUUGCCGUCAGGUUUGCAGUUUGAUGUUGACGUUCGUACGGCUAGACCACGCUCUAGAAGUGAGUGAUUUACCGCAAGGGUUUUCUGCUCCCGAAAACAUCACAGUCCCACGUUUGAGAGGGAAUCUUUUUCACUAAUUAAUUAUCGAACUCGAAGUAGAAGUGAGCAAAUGAAUGAAAACAAACGUGAGAGCCACGAGUUCCACUCGCGAAGCUCAAACCUCAAAUAUAGGCAGACAGGUAACAAGAAACUGCUAACCGCAAACCGCGGUUUGCCGUUUGCCGUAAGAUAGGCAAACCUCGAUUUUAAGAUCUCUAUUAUCGCCAUUAAGUAAAACUGCACUUGUGUUGUAAUUUUUUAACUGCCCACAAUUGAUAUGCGGCCUUUAUGUCAUGACCUUGUAGCACCUGUAAACGGUUCGGACAACAAGCGUGGGUGGUGGCUGCCAUAGUGGCGACUGAAAUACUAAUCUGUGUCAAGUUUGGCUGGGACACACUCAGCAUCCCUUUCCCUUUUCACGUAUCUGCCUUCUGGAUCCUCUUCGUUAGCAUUUGGUUGAUGUGGACGGUGUGGAAUUUUUGGCCUUCAAUCAUCGGCAUCUUUAGAGUACAUCGUGAUGCUGAGGACAAAGAUGCUGGGAGCGUCACGCGGAAUCGACCCAAGCAUGAAUAAGGAGGCGAUCUUAGAUUGUGUUCACACUAUACUUGAUAGCUUUUGCGCUGGAAGGAAAACCAUUUUGGAUAGUGCUUCUGUUCACACACAAGAACGGUGAUUUCGGCGCGAUUUCGGUAACGAAACCAAGCUGCGACGCCUUGAUCUUUAAAGUGGAGAGUCACAUAUCGGAUAGGUAUUAAUACUUUAGUAAAAUCCAACUAGUGGUCUAUUAUCAAAUUGAAGGGAGAGAUCGCUAUCUUGUUUGAAUUUUUCAGGACUGAUUCUUAGGGCUCCACAAUGCCAAUAACUAUUAAUACGUGGAUAGCAAAUAUGUAUCGACAACACAAAGGCCAGUCUGUCGAACAAGUUAUCCGUAGGAAACCGGAUAACUCUAUCAGCAACAAUUUUCAUUUUGAAAAAGAGCACUACUUUAAGAAUUUUCCCAGCCUGAGAGGGUGAGACAGUCGUCGAGAACUGACGCUAUAUUACCGUUUCUUGUAGACCAGUUAACAUAAACAACUUGGUGCACUGUUGUUUUGAAAUUUUUUUUUUUUUUUGCGUGUGGGGGAUCGAGUGAAAAAGUUGACGUGCACUAUAAAAUAUUAUAGAACACGUGACUAGGCUACUGAAUUAUUUCUCAUAGGUCACUGUGUGACUCACAUUUACAUUGCACUUUUUGGAACCCGACAUCAUUAGUAUUACUUUUUUAUGUAUUUCUGAGAAAUGAAUUUAUGAAUUGUCGUAUGUUUUUAAAGCACUUAAUAUAUGUUUGGUUUUAAAUAAAAGCUUAGGUAAUAUAAUUU